AUGACUUGUCUAAUUGCAAUACUCUUGUCCUCAGUUGCGCGCAUGGUCGUCAUUGGCUCGCGCAAUUCUCCAAAUUAUUAUGGAGUGUACACCAUAUCCAAGAUCAACGAGUUUCCAGUGCCACGCGAUUCCCAUAAGAUACACAUGUCCGCCAGCAAAAUUUCCGGGCCCGGUACCUACGUCGUGGCAUAUUGUUCCAUAAAUCUGGAAUACCUCGAGAUUAUGGAGAUAAUCACAAGAGGACGGCCUGAAGUAACGCAUAGCUCUGGAGAUGUAUCUUCCAGCCAUCUCAGAGCAGAAAAUGUAUGUAUGCAAUCUAUCAUCAAAGAAAACUCACUCGGACCUGUUGCCGCAAGUUUGUCGAAGCUCGACAACGGCAAAUGUACGCACCAGCUCAUAGCAAGUCUAGCCUUCAAAGGGGUUAUAGGCGUGGAGGGAGAGUAUUCAUGUUUUGCUCCGCCGCAGGAGGAUCAACCUAUCAAAAUCAAUGCCGACAUUCCAAUUGUGAUGCAUGAAUUCCUUUCUGGAGGUGUGUUUCUCGGUGGGGAGAACAUCGAAUCGGAUAGACAAGCGCUGGUAUGGUUUCAAGGAAAUCUACACCGCUUCAUGAAAAGCAAGAUUGGCAUUAAUGGAUAUCACUCAUGGAGUCCAGUCACUUUAAUCGGCAAGGAGAUUAAUAAUGGCGAUUCUAUAGCAGAAUUCAUCUAUUAUAGUCUGCCCAGUAUACGUGAGUUUAUAUGUGAAAUUGAAGAUUAUGGUAUUCUCUUAGAGUUAUUGGAAAUGUCUUAUUUGCCCUGGCAAUGGAAAUUAUCUAGAUCCAACUUAGAACAAGGAGGCUAUAGCAAGAUUUCUGAAAUUCUUGACAAUAAAUGUAUGCAAGCUAGUGGUUUCGAAGAAAAAUAUUGUGGGUGGCUAAUUAACGUGCCCGGAUAUCUUAUGAAAAAUGCCCGGGAUAUUGGUCUACUUUGUCGGACAAGAGCAAUUGGAUGGACUGGAUUAAAUCGAAUGAGAGAGUGCAUAUUUAGACCUGCAAUUGCUCAGAGGAGCUUGUUUUCAUCUCGUCAAUGGGAGAUAUAUGGACCGGAACAAAAGGCGUUUGAAAUUCCAUCCCAGUCUAAUAGGUCAGAGAAUGCUGCGAGAUUCACAGAGCUCACUGGAAUAGGUACUUUGUGUGAGAAUGAUUCUUGGUAA